CAAAAAUAAUGAGGGUAAAAUGGCCUCCAGCGGACUCGCGAUUUUAGCCUUAUAUUUAUGCUCUGCAGCCAUUGGCCGAGCUUCAGGGCUGGAAGUGAAAAUUGAGCCAAAUGUAAUGGAGAUAAGGAAUUAUGUUGGAGAUGAUCUUAUCCUGAGCUGCCACGUGAAGAAAAGCAAAGAAGAGCAGGACAAAUUCUCUCUCAGCUGGCAGGUUCCUUUUGAUAAAAAUGUGCGUGUAAAUAUUAGCGAUAUUUUGGGAACAUUAAUAUUAUCUGUUCAAGAUCUACAUGAGACAGACCGGGGCAAUUACACUUGUACUCUUAUGAGUGAACAUGAUCCACCACUGAGGACAUCAGUGAAUGUUGUUGUGCUGCCACGAGGCAGAGUUGGAUACUGCUCCCAUGACUCCUUUCGCUGUUUGAAUGGAGAGUGCAUUUCUUCGCGCUAUAAAUGCGAUGGUCAUGCAGACUGCACAGAUGCCUCCGAUGAACUGCAAGCAGACCAGUGUGGGACGGAUGUGUGUGCAGGGAAGCUGAUCUGUGAGGAGGGGCGGUGCAUUCCCCCAAGUCUGUGCUGUAGGGAGAAAGACUUGCAUCCCCCAAAUUGUACUAUAAGGCCAGGGAUUGAAUGUUGCAAACAGCUUUUGCAUCCUGCUAUUCGUGACCAGGAUAUCUACUACCUAAAAGCACCACCAAGAUUGCAUCAACAAAGGAACCCACAGCCAGAUUCUACUCUCAUAAUGGGUUGCAUUGUGGCAGUAGCAAACUUGAUAACAGUUGGUAUCAUAGUUGGGGUAAGGUACCACCUAUGGCGUUCCAAUGGUUCUACCUCCCGUGCCCAUUACCACCUGAAUAGAUUACGGUCAGCCACUCUCCGUCCAUUUGGCUUUGGUUCUUCUCUCAAUCCUCCAUCAACCACUGAUCAGUAUCAGUUACGGUCAGCAGAUACUCUGUAUUCAAGAAGAAUCCCUGGUUUGCGGUCGGAUCUUCUGUCGCCAGAGAUCCUUCGCGAACAGAGGCAGCAGUGCACACAUCAGCAGAGACCCUUUACUGGAGGAGUUGUCUUGUGCCCUCCAACCAAUGCUCAGCCUCCUCAGUACUCACAGUUGCCGACAGCUCAUACAGGGCCCCCGCCUGCUUAUCAUCAGGUUGUGGGAGCUCCACCACCACCUUACUCCUCCCGUGAUGAUCUUACACUAGGAAGCUCCUCGGAUGGCUCCUCCCUGUCUCUCCUGUCACCACUUCUGAACAACAAUAACAAUGGGGAUAUCAAUGGUAACACCACAGCCCACCUUUCUGUUAUACAGAACCAAAAUGUGGCCCAUGCUACAGCUUCCUCUGCAGCACCUUCUCAGUUCUCAGGUUCCCAGUCCCGAGGCAACAAAUGAUGAGCAUUAGCAUUUAUGGGGUGGAGAGAAACAUGCUUGAAAACUUUUUGAAUCUGAUAAUAUUUUGAAUCGUAAUCUUUUGAAUCUUUGAAGAAUUUUAAAACUCUCAAUUCAGUUUUUGAAUCUUAAUGAAUUUUUAAAAUCUUUAUUAAUAUUGAAGUCUUAAUUAACUUUUAAAUCUUUAUUUAUUUUUUAAAUCAUAAUUCAUUGUUUUUAGUGGAUAGCGUAUCUGACUCAGAAUAUGAGGUUGAGGAGUCCUCUUUGCAAACGGUGCUUUGAGGACAACAAAAGUUAAUUUACAAUUGACCAUGAAAUGAUGGGAAUAUUGAUAAAGAAUUGCACUGUCUUUGAAGUUAAAUUUGGUAUUCUCCUUUGCCUGGAAUAUUAUUGAAGAUUCACAAAGUACAUUGUACAAUUGUCCAUUUAUUAUUUUUGGAACUUAUUUCAUCUAUAAUGUGUACUCAUGGUUGUUUCAUCCUUGUGUAACAUUCCAUGCAAGGGGAAUUGAGAAAUUAUAAUAAUCAUAUAAAAUCUUAGUAUUCAACUUCUAGGCAAAUUACAAUGAACUGAAAUGAGAUUAGGAUAAGGACACGGUGGCAUGAUGUAUAGAAAUUGUAACUGAAGUUCUGCAUUUAUAGCAUUUAAUAAUAUAAAGCUAUAUUCAAAAGUGCUUCCAAUGAUGUACAAAGUAAGGAAUUUAGGCUUUACAGCUUUGAGUUUCAUAACUGUUCUGUUCUGACUAAAUUUAUGUUCAUCGGGUUACGAUAUUUCUUAAAAUCUAAAGAAAUUUAAAAGGUAGGAAAAAUAAAAUUAUUUUAAAGCAUCAGUAUGGAUAUUAUGACAAUUUUGCAAUGAACUGAACUAAACUGAUAAAAUUAGGCAAUGUCAAAACUUGCCUCACUGCUCAUUUACUAUAGACAAAGAUAUUUUUCUUUUUAUUGCACAAACACAGAAUUGCGUUUUUACCUCUUCUCAGGAUAUUGAUGGAUGAAACACAACUACAAGGAGAAGAGAAACACUAAAUCUGUUAAGUUUCAAGUAAAACUGAGUUUGUCUCCAAGCAUCAAUACAUAAAUGGUAUGAGUGACAUCUAGUUUCAUUUGAAAGGUCACAGGUUUUGGAUGCCUUCACUUUGGAGUUGUUUUAGGGUUUGUGUCUGUUUGUUGUUUUAUUACAAAUUACAUUUUUUUAUGAUUUGUUGAUAUUAACAGAUAUUAUUGUGAGAAAAAUACAGUAAAUACAAGAGAUAUAAAGAAAAAAAGAACAAGUAAGUUCUGAGAUAUAUGUAGGCAUAUUAGUUUGUAGAAAUUUUAUUAUAUUAUUGUUAGUAUUUAAGACAGUUGUCAGUCAUUGAUGUCUUAUCAUUAUUAUUAUUGUUAUUCUUGCACUGGAAAAUGAUGAAUGGAAAGAACUAGUGGUAACAGAAUGGCAGUUUUGUGUAUCACAAAAGACAACUGGUACCUGAUUGGCUCAUUUGCCAAACAAGAAUCACUGUAUCUUCAAGCUUGUAAAACUUUUUCAUGUUUUCUAAAUCUGAUUUUUAAAGUGUGUUUGCCCCCCUCCUUUUUUCCUUCUUUUUCUUUUUCUUUAUUUUACAAUUUGUGUUGUCUAAAAUCAUCUUGUGCAAUUAUAUCUGUACAAGUAAACAUGUGCCAAAUGCAUGCACACUUCUAUAUCAACUAAUGCUUAUAUUUGAAAUAAUGUGAUAGUCCUAAAGUAGUUGAAAAUUGCAGUUCAAGGCUCAAGACUGCCAUAUUGAAAUUGAUUAAAUGCUAAUUUGAACUGUAAGCUUACAUUACAUAUUCAAAAAUAUUUAUGAAAAUAGCAGAUACAUUGAAAUAAGGGACGUGCAAUAUCUGUUCAUACUAAAAGUGCAAAUGGUAAAUACUAUCUCCCAUUAUUACAUGGUCGCAGUGAUAGAACUGAAUGGAUUAAACAUAAGAAUAAUAAUCACUGUGUUUUUAAGUUCAUCUUGUGUAAUCAAAAUGAUGUCUACAUGUUUGCAAUAUUCUCCACAAUUAUUUUUAUAGAUGUUGCUUCCAGAUAACAGUUCGUAUGUGUCAAUUAUGUGCCAAGGUAAAAGAGUAUCUUAGAUAGUUUUAACUUGAAUUGUAGACAGUUGUGAAGGGGUUUUAUGAAAUUCCCAUUUCAUGAUCCUGUUUCUAGGGAACCAUUGUACACUGUUUUAUGUCUCAAAGCUUUGAUAUUAGGUAAUAUUAAGAAGAAAGAUAUUGAAAAUUAGUUAUAUACUUAUAAGAGAUAUAUAUGUUAUUAGUAGCAGCUACCAUUCUUAAACUUUAUCUGUUAAAGUCUGUGUUUUUUGCUUUUCUUUUAUGGUUCUUGUUGUAAUUUUGUAUAGAUUAGGUAAAGUGUUUCUAUUUUUUUUUAACUAUAAAAGUAAGACUUCUGACUUUGAAGUAUUUUUCUUUUAUAGUUAGCCCUUUUUUCAGUUUGUGUUCCUAGGUGGCUGGACUAAAGUUACUGAAAUGUUCAUGACAGCCUGUUGCAUGAGGAAGACUGUGAUGACAUUGAUAAAGGUUUAGGAGAGGAAGUUCUGAUACAUUCUUGAUUCCAACUCUUGGUUUUGGUUGUUUGUCUCUCUCUUUCUCUCUUUCUUUCUUUUUCUCCUUCUUUCUUUCUUUUUCUCUUUCUUUCUUUCUUUUUCUCCUUCUUUCUUUCUUUUUCUCCUUCUUUCUUUCUUUUUCUCUUUCUUGCUUUCUUUUUCUCUCUUUCUUUCUUUCUCUCUUUUUUUUCUUUCUCUUUCUUUCUCUCUUUUUUUUUCUUUCUCUUUCUUUCUAUCUUUCUCUCUUUCUUCCUUUUUCCUUUUCUCUUCUUCUCUUCUCCUUUUCUUUUCUUUUCUUUUCUUUUCUUUUCUUAUCUUCGCUUCUCUUCUCUUCUCUUCUCUUCUCUUUUCUUCUCUCAAUUUAUUUUAUGAUAUUUGCUGCACAGUAAUCUUUCAUCUUCAUAUUUGUUAAUAUUUUAUAUUUCCUUUAAAUUAUAUUGUUCAUUACUCAUAAUUUUAUUGCAAUCUCUUUGGGUUAAAUUAAGUUAUAUGUGUGUUUACACACACAUACACACACAGAACACAUGCAUGCACACAAGCAUAAAAACUCACACACACGCAUGCACACACAACACACUCACACACACACGCAUGCACACACAACACGCACACACACCCAUGCACACACAACACACACACGCGCGCGCGCACACACAACACGCACACACAACACGCACACACACAUAUUUACAAAUAAACAUGUUUGAUAUACUCAAUGUUAGAGAGCUAUACAGAAUCCAUCCAGAGAUGCAGCUAAUGUACUUGUUAUGCUUUUUGUUAAAAAGAAUAUUACUUUCCAAGUUGUUAUAUUUAGAUUCAUUAAGCAUUUACUGUCACUGCAAGAAUAUAAUCAGUUCAUGCUUAUAACCAUUCCAUUUUGGAGAUGGCAGCAUUGUAAAAGGACAAUCUAACCUUCAUCUUUUUGUCAAUAGUGAUAUCUUAUUGUUGAUGUUCUUACAAAACUAAUUUCAGAACAACUUCUGUUUUGCUGUAAAAUUAGCAGACAGUGACAGAAAAUCACCAACUUACAAGCUCUCUAUAGUUGUAGUGUUUGUGUAAGAUAUGUGUAGAAAAUACUCCAGAUAAAAUUUUGUAUGAUAGCCUUUAAGUAAAUCAUUAUUAGAAUUAUUUGUCAAGUAAAUAAUAUGGGCAGACUAUUGUAUUCAUUUAGGACUAUUAUGGGUACAUGUUAUAGUAUGUAGUACCAAAGUAAUUCAUUGUGGAUAAGAUGUAUGUCAAAAGUUAUGAAAGCUGGUAUUUAUGUAACUUUCUGAUUUCCCAGUCAUGUUUAUUUUUUAUCUAUACAUUAUUAAUAUUGUUACUGUGUUGGUGUGACAGCAAUACUUUUUUCCUUAGAUCAGGAUUUGAAAAGUGAAUGUUCUGGCUAGUCAGGUAGAUUAAUUAUGUAUGUGUGAAUGUGCAAAAUUAUUUCUGUAAUUUACCCUUGUAAUAUAGGAGAAUGAUAUUAAGUUUAUCUACUGCACAGACAUGCAAAUGUGCCAGUUUUUUUUUUUCUUCUUUUUUUUUCAGACAGAUAUAUUCAAUAUAAUCUGAGACUUUUGAAAUAAUGAAUAUCUCGGCUAGGUGGCUUAUCUAAUUAAGGCUUCCAUUUGUUAGUCAAGAUAUGGUUUUGUAGUUUCUCUGAUGUUUUUUUCAUUCCAUGCUUUGAAGUUCUUCAGAUGUUACUUUUAUUUCAGCUCAAGUUAGUUAGAUUAUGUUUAUCUUUAAGUUAAUUUUGUUAAUACCAGAUCUAUAUGUUUCUUGAUAAAAAUAUAUGGUAUAAAGCAGAAAAGUAGUAAUAGAAGUUACAUUGUCAUAAUUUCAGUACAGUAUUACACAAAUAAAUAUCCAGAUUUGUGACACUCUGAGAGCUGGUUAGAUAUCUUAAAACUUUGCACAAAGUACAUGUAUGUGUACAGAACCAUUUCUUGGUAAAUAUGUAACAUGUAUGAUAUACAAAACUAAUGAUAUGUAAUGUGCCAAAUACCAAACAGCUUCCCCAAGUAAGUAUAUAAAUUUUCUUUUUUACUUUUUUUUUCUGUUUUUGUAAUUUGUCUCCACCAUGUGGUAUUAUAAAUGUUCAAUCUAAAUAUCACAUAUCAAA